GAAAAAACAGUAUCAAAAUAACCCAAGAAAGGGGGGAUAUGAGGGAAGACACCGUCGUGAACACGCCAAGGAGGACUCCAUCACUGACUGCCUUUGACUUCUGGGGGCAGCCGAGGGGCUGAGCCUUUCUUCCCCCCCAUGGGGACGCCUUUGGGUAAGGCUGAGACUACACCGAGUGCUUCCUCGGGAAACUUGGAAAUCUCUCUGGAGAGUCUCUUUCCCACGUUUAGAGCCAGGCUGUGCGGUUUCGGUUUCUCGUGGAAGGCGACCAAAGACGGGAGAGUGGCCGUGCCGGUUCGUGAGCACGACGAGACUGAAGGCGCAGUCCACUCUCAGCGUAUCCGGAAUCGUUAACAGUUCAAUAUAUUCAACGGGACCGGACGGACCGUGGUGAAUUGGGCAUAGAAUCGUAGAAUCGUCAGGGUUGGAAGGGACCUUAAAGAUCAUCUAGAGCCAACCCCCCGCCGUGGGCAGGGCCACCUCCCGCUAGAUCAGGUUGCUCAGCAUCACUGAGUGGCAUCCCUCAGGAUUUAAACCGAGCCGCAGCUGGCCUCCCGCCUGGGUGAGGAGUGUCGGAGCGCAAGGGGGGGGAUUUUCUGCUAAAACUCCUUUCCCCCUUCACGCACCAGUAGGACCCACAAGCGGCACCUUUGGGCUCGCUGGCGUUGCCGCCAGUGAGAGAUUCCCGGCCAGAGACCGGGAGCGUCCGUCCUCGCUGCGCCGGUGCGGCUGGUGCCGGGCGGGCAUCUGCUGCGGAACGCGGAGCAUCCCACCUGCAUCUCCCCGGAGAAGGCCUUGUGCGGGCCUCCGUCUCCCCGUGGAGAGCCAGCGGCGCGCCGGGCUCCAGGCUGCUGCGGCAAGAUGUCGGUGACGUUCGAGGACGUGGCCAUCUACUUCUGCCCCGAGGAGUGGGCCGAGCUGGUGGGCUGGCAGCGGCGGCUCUACCGGGAGGUGAUGCUGGAGAACUACCAGGCGGUGGCCUGGCUGGGCUGGUGCGCCGUCAAGCCGGAGAUCAUCUGCAAGAUGGAGCGAGAAGAGACGCCGUGUGUGCCAGAGUGCCCUGGGGCGCGGCGGAGGCACCGCAGCCCUGAGCCAGCAGAUGGUGACGUCCCGAUGCGGAGGGAGGAUGGGGAGGUCCCCGGGGGGCUGCCAGACCAUGAGCGGGGUGGAAGACAGUCCGGGGGCCUCCCAGCCAAGGUACUGCCAACUCGGGCCCCCCGCACCCCUCUGGCCAGCAAGAGCCCCCACGCCUGCACCAAGUGUGGGAAGAGCUUCGGCAAGAUCCAGGACCUGAAGAAGCACCAGCAGACGCACACGGGUGCACGGCCCUUCUCCUGCCGGCAGUGCGGCCGCCGCUUUCGGCUGAAGCAGUUCCUGGUGUCCCACCAGAAGGUGCACAGCGGGGAGAAGCCCUUUGGCUGCACGGAAUGCGGGAAGCGCUUUGCUCAGCAUUAUCAGCUGCUGAGCCACCAGCGAGUGCACUCUGGCGAGAAGCCCUUUGCCAGUGGCCACUGCGGCCGCCGUUUUAUCCGCAAGAGCAGCCUGGUCCGCCACCAGCGGGUCCACACCGGGGAGCGCCCGUUCCCCUGCAACAGCUGCCCCAAGGCCUUUGGGGACAAGCACAGCCUCAGGAGGCACCAGCGGGUCCACAGCGGGGAGCGUCCAUUCACCUGCACCAGCUGCCCCAAGGCCUUCAGGAGCAAGAUGGCCCUCACCAAACACCAGCGGGUCCACACCGGGGAGCGUCCCUUCACCUGCACCCGCUGUCCCAAGGCCUUCAGGCAUAAGCAGAACCUUUACUUCCACCAGCAGGUCCACACCGGGGAGCGCCCCUUCGCCUGCCCCCACUGCCCCAAGGCCUUCAAGAACAAGCAUGGCCUCAGCAAACACCAGCGGGUCCACAGCGGGGAGCGCCCCUUCGCCUGCCCCCGCUGCCCCAAGGCCUUCAAGGACAAGUCGACCCUCAGCAAACACCAGCGGGUCCACAGCAGUGAGCACCCGUUCCCUUGCGACAGUUGCCCCAAGGCCUUCAAGGACAAGCAGGCCCUCGUCAAGCACCAGCGGGUCCACACCAGAGAGCCCUCGUUCGUGUGCGACAGCUGCCCCAAGGUCUUCUGGCACAAGUCGUCCCUCAAAAAGCACCGGCGGGUCCACACCGGGGAGCGCCCCUUCGCCUGCGCCCACUGCUCCAAGGACUUCAGGGACAAGUGGUCCCUCACCUCCCACCUGCGGCUCCACAACGGGGAGCGCCCCUUCGCCUGCCCCCGCUGUCCCGAAGCUUUCAGGAACGAGGUGGCCCUCACCGUCCACCAGCGGGUCCACACCGGGGAGCUCCCCUUCACCUGCGACCGCUGCCCCAAGGCCUUCAAGAACAAGCAUGGCCUCAGCAAACACCAGCGGGUCCACACCGGGGAGCGCCCCUUCGCCUGCCCCCGCUGCCCCAAGACAUUCCGGGACAAGCAGACCCUCACCGACCACCAGCGGGUCCACAGCGGCGAGAAGCCCUACAAGUGCAGCGAGUGCGGUAAGGCUUACAGACAGAAGCAAGGCCUGAAUUACCACCAGCGCGUGCACCGGGGCUCCCCGGCGGUGCCUGACGGCAACCUGCAGGACGGGGGAGGUCCGUCCCCACGGAGGGGGCAGGCGGAGGCCAAGCCCUCCCAGUGAUGCAGGUGUGUGAGAGACUGGAACCUAAAAAUAACUUCAUUUUCUGCAAACCGGCGGGGGGUUUGCCGAGUUGCUUGUCGGUUUGCUGCUUAACUUUCUGCGGGCCAACGGGAAGCUCGUGCUGACUUCCUGCGAAGCAGCACGAAGGCGUCUCGAAGUUCGCCCAUCGCUGCCUCCACGGCGUACGUGACCACCAAGGGUCUACCUCAGUCUUGCUGUGGCACGAUGACUGCGCUGAACCAAGCGCUACCCAAACAACAAGGGCAGGAAGAACUCAUACAGCGACUGCGGCAAACGAUGACUGGCUGCGUGAAGGCCACCAUCACCAUCAUGGUCGAACUACGAGCCAUGAUAGACUAUAACUAGAGCGGUGCCCCACCACAAUUGGGACCCUCACCACCAUCACGACUGGAGAACUACGGAUCAACGGGCCGCCGUUGAGCUCCAGAGGACCGUCGGGCCGCCGUCGGGCCUGUGGUGGUGACGAUACUCUUGCUGUGGUCUGUAAUACAGCUUCUCCUUUCUGCCUUUUCUCCACUCCUGCCGUUACUCUAUCGCUCACCUCGGUGACUGUUGCUGGGGAAUAACAAUAAACCUGCACUGCGCGGCACCUGACCUCGUUUGCGUCUUAAUCUCACGCUUGGAAUCAUUAUGAACCCCUCCCGGGCCCGACGUAGUUGGAGCGGGACGUAAAACAUUUUUACCGGCGUCACGGACAGGAUUCCUUGACGUGAGAGCGUCGCUUUUACUAUUCGCUUUUGCGCGUAUUGGAGAGAUGCCGGCGUGCCUACGAGUGUGCCUCGUGGGGACGUAACGGGGGGGGAGCCUGUGUGAACGGAUCACUAGUGUGCGGGCUCCCUGCGGUGACUGCCCCCAUUUUUGUGAAAGCGUUGCACUUUUUGCCCGUUUUACUUUUGGUGUGUUUUAUGGGCGCACCCCUCAGGGACGUCGGGGGGUGGGACUUUGUGUAGAAUUGCUACUGCUUAAGUUCUACCUCCCUGAGGCAACCACCACUCCCCUGUUGUUGAAAAGGAGCAAUGAUCCUACUGUCCCCGCAGGCAGGGACGUGCCGAAUGAGCUUUUAGAGGAACACAGUGCGCGCCCCUCAGUACCAGGUAGUGACUGGGCACGAGAUAAUUGGCGUAACCUGCAGAGCGUGACCAAACAAAUUAGUGCCUUGCAAAAGGACGCCAAACUCCGAUCCGGAAAAGGGAAAUCUAUAAUACGCGCCAUCUUAGGCGCCUAGAAGCCCGAGACCAGCAACGUAGUGCUGAUCCCCAAAUUCUACCGUCUUUGCAAGCCCUUGUCCAGUCCCUGCAAGGACAAGCGGAGGAUUCUAGUGGCAGAGGUUGUAGGUUGUUUGGUUGGACUCGAUGAUCUCAAUGGUCCUUUCCAACCGCGAAGAUUCUAUGAGGACCUAAAGGGACAGUUGGAUCAGGAGAGAGCUCAGGCAGACCAUCUACAACCUGCCCUUAAGGAAGAGCUCCUCGCGAGCGAGAGCUGCGACAGCCAUUCGCCCCCCUCCGAGACAGAAACAAUACACCCCUGCGAGGGGCUAGACGAAGCGAGGUUGAGAUUAGACGAAUGAGAAAUGCCUUCUCGCUCGCUCCGACCUUUGGUCAAAACUGAAUUCGCAGAUGACGCUGAUGAAGACGACUCCCCCCACAUUACUGCUAAGGAAGUUGCCAUACGCCGCUAUGGGAUUAGCUAAAUUAAAACAGGAGUUGGGUCACACCCCUAAAGAAUCGGAAACGGAAUUUGUGUGGAGGGUGUCGUUGUCGGGUGGGGACCAGAUACUACCAAGUGAAAAGGAAGCUGAAGGGUACUGGGGGCCCCGGAGUGUUUUUAACUACUGGCGAUCACCGUGGCCCUUGGUCCCUAACUCAGAGGGCGGCCUGUUGGGCUGGAGGUCUCAAUCCCUUAGAGCGAGGAGACUCUCUCGCUAUUCCAGGAUCGGUUGAUCCCUUGGUGGAGAACAUGCAAAAGGCAGCAAUGUUUGCAAAUGAUGCACGACCGUGAGCUUAGACCCCGACAAGAAUCCCCCCCGAUGAUGCCGGUUGACCCUGAACGGGUGACUCCCAUAAUAAGGGGUCUCCCUGAAUCUUUAAAACCUAUUGGCACACAACUACAGGGUACAACUCAAGCAGUACCCCAAAGCUAAGGGUCACGGCCGCACCGGAAGGGUUAGUAACCCCUAAGCGCAAGCCCCAAAAUUUGAAAGUGUGGACCUGGGGAGAGGUUGCCCAGCAAUUAAUCAACUACGGGCAAAAAUAUGGCCCAGUUAGCACCCUGUCCACCAGACAGGACCCGAAGGGGUUGAGGCCGACAGAACUGAAAACUCCCCCAGACCCCAACCAGGAGAAAAGGAAAUCCCUCGUUAAAUCUCCAGGAGGGAGGGACAUACCAAAUAAGCGGAGCAUAUAAUGGACCAUGGGAUGGCGGAAAGGUGUCCUUCAAGAUCUUAUGGAUGGGCUACCAACUGACAAACGUGAGAAAUUAAUCUUAGGAUGGCCUGAAAAGCCAGCGGAGGUGCCCGAAAUUCUAGCUCCUAGCACAACUCCGCCCCUAAUUGACCUGACUAGCUCUACCAUCUCCCAAAAGUUAAUGGGAAACUCAGCCCUUCACUCCCCGACAGUGGGCAGGGCGGGUGGAGGAUGGGCACGUUAGACAGCUCACCGUGAAUCAGCGAAGCGAACUUAUGAUUACUUGUUUUGUAGGACCUAAGCAAAUCCCAAUAACAUUUUUAGUUUCUUCUCAGUGGUGCCCAGCGACAGGACAAGGGGUAACGGGCACAAACUCGACCA